GCUCUCGCCGAGACCAUGACAUUGGUUAUCGGCGAUCGACUCGAAUACAUUGACCGCUAAUCCACGUGCGUUUUUUUCUCUUCUUCUUAUUUAUUUAUCGAUUGUCAAGAUUAUUAUAUGAUUGCCGGUAUGAUUUCGUUAUUUCCUUUCGUUUUUCUGUUUGCGUUUGUGACUUGCAAGACUUUUCAUCCGAAUCAGCAUUUGCCCGUGCAAAAGUAUCAACCGCCUUUGAGGUAUCAGCCUUUGCAGUACUAUCCUACGUAUCCGACUGCUGCUAAUAUACCUUAUUAUAGGCCAUCGCCUACUAAAGAGGGAGCUGUUGAUCCGCUAAAUCCGCAAGACAUUAGCGAUCUAGAACGACAAUAUCAACACUGGCAAAUCGCUCCAUCGAACGGUCAACAACCGGGAGUAAUAUGGAUUAGUGCUCCACAAUACAGCUAUUACCCACCGCCACCCAACGGCAACCCACCAAAUUACCCACCACCGCCGUACUACCCAUCGCCAUACCCUCCAGGACCAUAUCCUCUACCAACACCUGACUCGAAUCAAACUCAACCCGAAAUUCUAGAAGUUAAUCCAACUCAGAGCAGGGAAACUGUACCGACGAAGCCAAGUCCAUCAGAGACCACCUCGGUAGACUCUACGUCGACGUCGGAAAAUUACACAACUUCGACUGAAACUUUCCCCACGUUUUCGCCAAGCUCAUCGACGACGGAAUUCCCUUGGACACCGUCUCCAACGUCCGAAUCGACGGAAAAUUACACCAUUACGUAUUUCACAACCGAACCAACCAAGGUAACCACUACUACGGAAAUAACCACAAAUGCUACGACAGAAUACCCCACCCCCACCACCACACCAUAUUAUACGUCACCGACGACAACGCCAACUGGUAGUACAGAAAACGCCACGUUUACGACGACCACGCCAGCGCCUAAUACUACCAGCAACGCAACCAAUCCAUUAUUGAAGUAUUGUAAGAAGCCUAGAGGUCAAUUUCCAAGCGACGAUUGCAGCAAAUUCAUCAACUGUUGGGACGAUACGGCCGUAGAACAAACUUGUCCGAGCGGCUUGUAUUUUAAUGCUAAUAAAUCUUAUUGCGAUUAUCCGAGCAACGUGAACUGUACCGGAAGCGCUAGUUCAAGCGAACCGACGACAAGUUCAAGUUCUCCGUCGCCGUCUUCCAAUACCACAUCGUCGGGUAAAUGCCCAUCCAGUUAUGGUACAUACAGAAACAGUAGUAACUGUGCCGCAUUUUACGUAUGCGUUGCUGGAGAACCGGUUGACUUCUACUGCCCGCCCGGCACCAACUACAAUGACGAGCUGAAAGUAUGCGAUUACCCGUACAGAGUAAAUUGUAGCGGUAUACCUUCGUACCCAAUACCAGAAGAAAGUGGUACGACAAUAGCGACUGAAACAGCACCAUCCAACAUUACCACCACCGAAUCACCAACAGUCAACGUAACAAGCUCGCCAAAUGUUACAACUAGUUCACCAAAUGCCACAUCUGGCUCACCAAAUGUUACAACCAGCUCGCCUAUCGUAACCACCAGUUCACCAAGCUUUACGACGACUAGUUCACCAAACUUUACAAGUUCGUCGAUUAUUACGACGACGACGACGACGACGACCGAAUCGAGUACGACGUUUACAGCACCGCAAGUAACGGAAGAACCAUUCCCAUCGGUUCCACCACCAUCUGUAGAUCCUGUAGCAUUAUAUAACUUAAAUUUAAAAAAAUUACCCGAAAGUGUAGUAAACACUGGAGUUAGAUGUUAUCACACCAAUGUAUUCCGAUUAACGCCGGAUUGUUCCUCAGUAACAGUAUGUCAAGAUGGAUUAACCUAUAUAGUAAAUUGUGGACACGAUACUAGUUUCGAUGCCUACUCACAAAAAUGUGUUUCUUCAUUCAGAGCGAGAUGCUGAUGAAAUUUCCAACGAGCAAUGAUUCCUGUUGAUUUUCUCAUAUUUUAAUUUAAUUUAUUCGAAAGCAUUUCUUAAUUUAAUUUCAAAAUUUUCAUUUUUCUCACAAUUUUAUAGUACAAUGUAAGUUUAAUUUAUUUUUCGAUGUUCGUUUUUCAUCGUAAUGUAGGUAUUUAUUUAUCCAGUGAUUGGUAGUUUUCCUACGUUUAUGAGACCAUGGACGGGCGCGUUUAGUAAUUUUUUCAACGUUCAAUAUUUGUUUUUUUUUUCAUAUAAAUAUCCGCCAAUGAAAACUCGAGCCAAUUAUUUCGUUUAAGAUGACUGUCGCAGCAUUACAUAGUUUUAAUUUUAACCUAUAAUCUCAACAGUUUGGUCAAUUUAUAACUAAUGAUUCAUUUCAAGUCCAAUUACCAGAAUUGAAAUUCAUACCUACUUGUUAGUUUCAAACUUAGCGACCAAACGUAUCAAGUUCUUGAAUUAUCAAACCGGAUUGGUCGAUAUCUUGAAAAAAAUCGCCCAACAACCAAUCGUAUGAUAUCAUUAUUAAAAUUCACUGCGACCAGCCGAAACGUUUAACAAAAAACUUUUUUGUGGAUAGGUACACGAUAUUUCACCUGUACUUUAAUUUUCUUUUGAUAUAAUAGGUACCUAGUUACCUAACUACUCGUGCCAUCUGGAUCAGGAAUACAUUUCAACUCACGAAGUCUUGUUUACUGUUUAGAAAAGAAGCAAAAAUUCAAAUUUAUUAACGUAAUAUCGAUUAAUCGAAACAUCUCGUACGAAAAAUAUUUCAAGUACCAAAUAAUCAAUCGAAUUGUUUUCGUUAAAAAAAUUGAAACAGCUCGAGUAUCAUUGAUGCAUGACGUAUCAAAAAUGUAACGUCGAUCUACUUGGCUACUCAAUUAAGACACUAUUAAUUAAACGCGAAUACUGUCCAUCGUCACCGAACUACCUAUCAUCUCAACUCAUUGCAUUUAAUUACGAACGAAAAUGUGUAUGCAUUAAGAUUAUUCGUCAAGACUGCCAUUGUAGGUACCUAGAAUAGCUCGGUUUAACGAUCAACUUUGUAAUUGUAUACAAAAUGUUGACGAAAUUAAUUAUUCAUAUAAACUCGACGCUAUAUCAACGUCUUUUUUGUACAUGCUCACGCAGUUGUAGUUAUUUCAUUGCAUACUGUCGAUAUUUGUCAAUAAAUUAUUUAUUGGUAACCUGGAUUAAAUUUAUUGUUUCCGAUCUAUCAUACUUCCUGCACACUGCACGCGAAAUCAAGCCAAAGAUGUCUUUUCAACUGAGCAGUAAAACUACUUUCUAAUGGUUAAAUUUCAACGUGAAAUCAGUCCGCACGUACGAAUCGACUAUGACCCUCUUCAGUCAGAUAAAUAAAACACGACGAUUCUACUCAUUAUUGCUUAUAUUUAAAUAUUAAACGCUUAAAUGUAACAACAAAUGAAAAUUUUCAUAUGUAAUUGUGUUUCGUAAAUUUGUACUACAGUUGCAAUGUAAAGAUUCAGAAAUAUUCAAACGAGACCACUUUAUUGAUAGUACAAUCCAGUCAUGAAAAAUCAACAUGUAAAUUUUACAAUAGGAAUAAACACAUUCGAAUAACUGAGAAAAUUUUCACGGGGGGACAAAUCGUAAACUAUGGCCAUUUUUCAUACUACAAAAUAGGGUACUAUCAACAGAACAUUUAAUCUAUAUUCGUACAUCAGGAAAAAAAAAUCAUAAAAUUAUUCAGGAAAUUUGGCAAAAACCUAAGAAACGUUUCAGUAAA